AUGAGGGCAUCACUGGCUUUGGCGCUGCUUGCCGCUUGCACGCAAUCGGCACAUGCAGUUGUUCAGUUCCCCUUCGCCAAGCAUGCCAGUCCUCACCAGAAUGUCGCCAAAGGUGGCUCAAAAGCACGAGCCUUGAAGACGGGCUUCUUCCAAGGUGCUAUGACCUACGUUGUGAACGCCACUGUCGGGACGCCUGGCCAGCCUGUGUCUCUAGUUCUGGCGCCCUCCUCCUCAGACACCUGGGUCGUUGAUGCUAGGUCAGACCAAUGUACCUACUACAGCACCUAUUACAGCACCUCCUACGAUGGUGACACUGAUCCGGACGACCCGUCGUGCAUUUGGGGAAGCUUCUCACCCAAUGUGUCAUCCACAUAUCAGUCCGAGUCUCUAGAGGAGGAUGACGACUCGAGCUCCAGCUCCAGCUACGACUUCAGUAACACAUAUAACGACGAUUCAUACGCCUAUGGGGACUAUUUCAACGACUCGAUUGCCCUGGGCGAUGUGUCUUUGGACGAUUUCACCGUUGGCCUGGUCAACAGUACCAACAGGUACAUCGGCAUGCUCGGCCUCGGCUACAACGACAGCGUGCACUCGACCUUUACGGAUCGUCUCGUGAGCGAGGGACUUAUCAACAGCACGACGUACUCGAUCUGGGUCGACGACUCAGAGGCAAGCUCAGGUAAUAUUCUCUUCGGCGCCAUCGACACGACCAAGUUCGAAGGAAGCCUGUUCCGGGUCUCCUCGUACUACUCGGGCUAUCAGAUGCUCAUGACAAUCUCGAGCAUCAACGCCACGACCAAGGAUAGCGAUGGACCAAUCACGAUCACCUACGACGCGGAGGCGGAUGAUAGCUACUACGGCAGCUCAUCCACCAGCCCGUCAUCGAGCUCGUCUUCAAGCUCAUCCUCGAGUAACUACCUGUUCAGUGCGACAUUCGCCCCUACUGACUCCCUGAGCGUCUUGCCUGACGAUGUGGCCUCUCAAUUCUGGGAGGUCGCAGGAGCUUACUACGACUCGGAUGUGGAGAUGGCCUUGAUCGGGUGCAACGCCGGUAACGACGGCUCGACCAACUUCACCUUCAGGCUCGGCAACGGCCCCAAUGGCCCCAACAUCACGGCGGCCCUGGAGGACCUCAUCGUUCCCGUGACGGACGUCGACAUAACAACCUACUCCUCGUCCUACUUCUCAUCCCUCGACACGGCGGUGUGCCUCUUCGGCGUGCAAAACAGGAGCAUCCUCUCGAGCUCCUCGUACUCGUACACCUCCGACUACAGCCUCGGCAGCGGCAUCCUCCGCCGGACGUACAGCGUCUUCGACUUCGUCAACGACGAGAUCGCCAUCGCGCCCGUCAAGUUCGGCGCGACGGAGACGAGCAACGUCGUUGCCUUCGCCACGUACGGGUCCACGGCCCCCUCGUCGACGAUGCUCUGUAUCCUCUCGAGCUGCUCCAAGACCACCACCGGCGGCGGCACCAGCUCCGGCGGGGGUUCCGACAACGACGAGGGCGGGCUGGCGUCGGACAUCCUCUCGGUGCCCGCGCUCGUCGGGGUGAGCCUGGGCGUCGGCCUGGGCGCGCUCUCCGUCGGCAUCAUCGGCUACCUGAUCUGGCGGCACCGCAUGAGAAGGAGGAUGGCCGGCAAGGAGGACGCCGGGUCGGUAACCACCGCUGAGGCGGGCGAGGCGGCGCCCCCGCUGCCGCCGCGAGAGGGGGCCGCCGGCGGGGCUGCGCCGGGCCCGGAGAUGACGCAGGCUUCGCGACCGCAUGUAGUUGACAAGGGCAAGGCGCCUGAGAUCCCUAUGCCUGAGAACCUAGGAUCUACGUCGACCCAUGGACAUGGUACCGGUGUGCAGGGUUCGGAGCCCGCGCAGGGUUCAUCGAGCCGUGAUGCCUGA